AUGUUCAGUCGAGAAGCGGUCGUCAAGAUGAAAGCAGCUGCCCAGCUCGGUCUUAGUUUCCUAGUGCUUCUGAGUGUUGUGAUUGGCCUAUCGGCAGCGCAAAGCCAACUAAGAAGGCAAUAUGAAACCAAUCGCCGCACGCCCGCCCGCGAUAGAGGAGCCCCGGUGAAAGAGUCACCCGUCCGGGAAACAAAAAAUCCGAACCGUGAAGCGCCGGCGACCGUAGACGAAGAAUUGGACCCGGAGCUGUCCGAGAACUGUCCCGAGCCCAACGGAUUCUUCGCGGAUGCUGAGCAGUGUGACAAGUACUAUGCGUGUCGAGAGGGCCACAUUGAGGAGAAGCUCUGCCCGGAUGGCAUGGUGUUCAACGAUUAUGACCUGGAACAGGAAAAAUGUGAUUUACCGUUUAACAUUGAUUGCUCUAAGCGGCCAAAGUUUCAAACACCCAUUCCAUCCCAGCACUGCCCUCGGCAAAACGGAUACUUUGCCGGUGAAGGCGGAUCCUGCGACAAGUUCUAUUACUGUGUUGAAGGAAAGUUUAACAUGAUUACAUGUCCCGCUGGACUGGUUUUCAAUCCUAGAACCGGAAUCUGCACAUGGCCUGACGAGGCCGCCAAAGUGGGAUGCUCUUCCGAGGAAUUAUUCAAAUUCACUUGCCCGAAAGUGAAUGAAACGUUCGCUGUCAGCCACCCGAGGUAUGCCGAUCCGGAAGACUGCCAGUUCUUCUACGUGUGUAUUAACGGUGAAACGCCACGCCGUAAUGGCUGCAAGCUGGGACAGGUCUUUGAUGAUACCGCCAAGCACUGUGAAUGGGCACGAAAGGUUCCAGAAUGCGCUGACUGGUACAAAAAUCGUUUGACUGAUGCUGAGCUGGAUGCACUGGAAAAUCCACCAACCACAAAGGCUCCGGCAAACAAAGGUUCGACUAAGGUUUCUCGUCGACGACCGUCCAAAAAACCAAAGCUUGAAGAAGAGGAGUAG